AUGAGCGGAAGAAUCGGCAAAGCUUCUGAAAGUGGUGGACAGAAGGAGCAAACGAGUGAUGGGGAAAAGGCUUUGCCGGAGACAAGAAAAAUUGAGUCAGAAGAUUGUGAAGAUGUUCCGGGAAUAAAGCGUCGAAAAAUCACAGUCAAAAACUCUUUGGUUUUAGAACCAAUUUCCCAGAAAAAUGAAGAGAUAAACGCAGCUGAAUCUUUGGCUCCGAAAAUACCCGAAAUCUUUUUACUGAACACCUACUGUUGGAAAGGCGUUUUAUCAUAUUUGAGCGUGGGUGACCAACUGAGUCUAGCUGCAUCAAGUCCGCAUCUUAAAUCACUUUUCGAAACUUUAAGUCUGAAAUACAAGCAAAUCACAGAAAGCGUCACAGCGAAAAUAAGCGAAAACGAACUCUCUCAAUUGCUGGAAAUCGUUAAUGAGAAUGUGAUCAGCUAUGAGUCACCUCAUUUCGAUGUGUUCAGCUAUGAGCCACCUGAAAUCUAUGGAGAGCGGAGCUUGUGGCUUUUGCGGACCUUUUGUCCACGAUUGCAGCACUUGAAAAUGACUAUCGUACGGCCGAGAUGGAAUGAUCUGUUACAGUUGAAGAGCCUUACAUCCCUGCACGUCCAUCUUCAAUUCUCGAGGGCAAAGACGUACAGGAAUUUUGUUCAUAAGCUAGUACAACUGCCCUGCCUCCGGAAACUGAACUUAGAUGCACCAAACUACAGUGGAGAUGGGCUGCAUGUGCUGGAGAAUUUAGAAUCACUCGUGAUUCGUGCUUUCCCAGGAAUAAAUGCCGAGUAUUUUUUCAAGGCCUGCCUGAAAAUGAAACAGCUCCGCCACCUAGACAUUGAUAGUUUCGUUGGAACACCCACCGCGGACAACUUUAGGGUAAUUGUGAGAAACUGUCGCAAUCUGGAGAGUUUACUCUUAGACAAACUGAUGGAUGAAAAUGUGCCCUACGAAAUCGUGUGCCAGUUGCCCAAAUUGAAGCACUUGCAAAUUUGGCCCUCUGGCCAAAACCUGAGGGCAGGUUUCAUCGAGGGACUGAUCCACAAAACAGACACUCCGCUGGAAAGCCUCAUUUUGUUGGGAGACGUCUUGCGUGCCGAACAGGUGGAGCAUAUCUGCGAGAUUUCCUCGCUAAGGGAACUUUACUUGGGCUGCCAGAGUGUUCCCUUGAGUGGCCUGCUUAAACUAAGGAACUUGGAAAUUCUGAAACUGAAUACGAGUGAAAUUACCAAUCAUCAACUGUUGACGAUCCUCGAAGGCUGUCCGCUAAUCAGAGUGCUCGGUCUGUAUGCUCAAAAAUUGAUCAACUCAGAUUUUGUUCGAGAUGCCACACGAUUGUUUGGAUGUCGAAAAAUCAAGAUCUAUCUAUCUGGUCCAUAUGUUCCUCAGAACUUUAUAGGAACUUUAAAUGGAAAUAGGUUUAUUCAAUUCGAAUACGGUUUCUUGAAAAGCCCUUUUAUUGAUUACUUUUGA